UGUGGGAACAAAUGCCACGAAAAGGCAAAGAAUAGGAAAAACAUUAGUCAGCUGCUCAGAAAAUCAAUAAACAGUUCAUGGUAACGCAUAACAAAAACUUAUAUCUUUGCAGUUUCUCUACAAAUAAAUAUUUCUCAAAAGUACUCAUUUUAUAAAGUUAUAAAUUAAAAGAAAAAAAUGCCCCAAGAACCACAAAUACUCAACGCCGGAUCGGAAGGUGAUGAAAUUGAAAAUGUGAGGGUUGUUGUGCGUGUACGCCCAAUGGAGAAAUCCGAAAUAAAUUGUGGUGCAACUAAUGUCAUACAAGUGGAUAAAAUCAAUAGGGCCAUCACAGCGGUAAAGCCAAACGCCGCCAAUGAGCCACCAAAGACAUACUACUUUGAUAAUGUUUUCUGUAGUGACUCCAAUCAACUCGAUUUGUAUGUGGAUACGGCACGUCCGAUUGUAGAAAAAGUAUUGGAAGGUUACAAUGGCACAAUCUUUGCUUACGGCCAAACCGGUACGGGUAAAACUUAUACCAUGUCAGGCAACCCUGAUUCACCGCAAACGAAAGGUAUCAUACCCAAUGCAUUUGCACAUAUUUUCGGACAUAUUGCAAAAGCAAGAGAAAAUCAGAAAUUUUUGGUACGUGUUAGCUACAUGGAGAUAUACAAUGAAGAAGUACGCGAUUUGUUAGGUAAAGAUGUAAGCAAGAGUCUAGAGGUGAAGGAGCGUCCAGAUAUUGGUGUAUUUGUUAAAGACUUAAGCGGUUAUGUAGUGCAUAAUGCCGAUGAUUUAGAAAAUAUAAUGCGUUUGGGUAAUAAAAACCGUGUUGUUGGCGCUACUAAGAUGAACCAAGAGUCAUCACGUUCGCAUGCCAUAUUUUCGAUUACAGUAGAGAGCAGUGAAUUGUGUCAAGGUGAUAUGACGAAUGUUAAAAUGGGCAAAUUACAAUUGGUGGAUUUGGCUGGUUCUGAGCGUCAAAGUAGAACACAAGCCAGCGGUCAACGUUUGAAGGAAGCAACUAAAAUCAAUUUAUCACUUUCGGUGUUGGGUAAUGUCAUUAGUGCACUCGUAGAUGGAAAAAGCACCCAUAUUCCAUAUCGCAAUUCAAAGCUUACUCGCUUGCUACAGGAUUCGCUGGGUGGUAAUUCGAAAACCGUAAUGUGCGCCACUAUUAGUCCAUCAGACAUCAAUUAUAUGGAAACUAUUUCCACACUACGCUACGCGAGUCGCGCUAAGAAUAUACAGAAUCGUAUGCGUGUUAAUGAGGAACCAAAGGAUGCCUUGCUACGACAUUUUCAAGAGGAGAUUGCACGUUUGCGUAAACAACUUGAAGAAAAUAGUCUUGAAGAUCAAAUUUCCGAAGAAGAGGACGACGAUGGAGAUGAUGAUGAAGCCGAUAUUGAAAUAGAAGUUGAAGAAACACCCGCUGUUAAUGGCAAAAAAUCGAAGAAACGUGAGAAGGCAGAUGCUGAGAAAGAGGAGAAAGAGCGUCGUGCACAACAACAUCAACAAGAAAUUGAACAUGCUAAAUCAGAACAGGAGCAAUUGCGUAGUAAGCUCAUGUCCCUUGAAGGCAAAAUUUUAGUAGGCGGCGAAAAUUUGUUGGAGAAAGCACAAACACAGGAAAAAUUGCUUGAACAAUCAUUGGCAGAAUUAGAAGAGCGUGAAAUAGCUGAGAAGGCUUUGCAGCAGACAUUGCAACAGAAGGAAACUGAACGUAUAGAUAUUGAGGAACGCUACUCAUCCCUACAGGAGGCCAGCACUGGUAGUACCAAGAAAAUCCACCGUGUUAUGCAAAUGCUAAUGAGCGUCAAAUCCGAAUUGGCUGAUCAGCAGCAGGAGCACCAACGUGAAAAGGAAGGCAUAUAUGAGAACAUACGCAGUUUAUCGCGCGAGCUGGCGCUCUGCGAAUUGGUGCUUAAUUCCUACAUACCCAAGGAAUAUCAGUCAAUGAUUAAUCAGUAUACUCACUGGAAUGAAGAUAUUGGAGAAUGGCAGUUAAAAUGUGUCGCUUAUACCGGCAAUAAUAUGCGAAAACACAUCGCAGAACCACAAGAGACCAACAAUAAGCAGGAAUUUAUGGAUCUUUCACAUGUUUAUCUCAGCUACAAUACCGAUGGUGUAACAAAUCCGGUGCGUACAAAGUCGGCACGUCCGCGCACAUCGGGUGUACCACGUCCAACCACCGCCAGGCGAUAUUGAAGCGCAUUUUGCAACGUUGGGCAUUUUGUUUAUAUCCAUAUGUAUUUUUUGUUGUUAUGUUUAAGUUGUGUUGUUUUUUGUAUAAAUUAGUUACUUAGU